AUGGCGAGCGAGCUUUGUUCCAGUUUGAGACUGAAAGACAAGGAUUUGUCCGGCAAGUUACUGCAAGUUGUAGAAGAACACGGUGCAAGUUCUACAUUCGUGAUCGCAAGUUUAAUGUGGAACGCGACAAGAACAAGCACCUCAAUUUGUCUAGUCGCGCUGCAAAAUUCAUCCACGCAUUAUCAGAAUGUAGCCAAGAAGUUGGGAUUUAAUUUAACCGCUGUGGAUAACAAGACAGUCGUUUUAGACCCUGUUUGGGAAAAGUCUUUAACGGAACCAACAAAUUUAGAGUUGAGUCGUCUCGAUGGAACUUUGUACGAAGACGUGAAGACCGCUUUGGCUUCGAUGUCUGGAAAGAAAUGCCUCAUUGUUGACGAUCUGAGUGUUUUGAUAACUGCUGGAGUGGAUUUGGCGGGAGUUGUCAGUCUCUUGCAGUGCCUCAGACAGCUGAUGGAGGACGAUAAAGACUUGUCUUUGCUAGUUUGCUCACAUGUGUCGGAGAACUGCGAAGACCACAGACUCUUGGCUGACUUCACUUCCCACGUCGCCGACCUCCGCGUCACCGUGGCGCCUCUCAGGACAGGGUUCUCGACCAACGUGACAGGCUCAUUGGAAGUGGUGGAUAAUCUAGAACCUAUCUUCGGGUCUGCCAGCGAUAAGAAAGUGUUUCACUUCAAACUCACUGAUAGACAGAUCAAAGUGUUCGCGCCUGGAACUGUUGGGGUGUUCGGGAGAUAG